AAUAUAAUUAAAAUUACUUAAAAUAAAAUAUAAACCAGUGCAAAUUAUGAAAUUAUUUGGCUAGGUUACAAUUUGAACUGGUCGGCCGAACCAGCCCACUGACAUAUAUAUGGAGGGGGAGAUUGGAUAAAUAGACGAAGACAAGGAGAGUUACAAGUAACCACAGAGCCAACCCUAGCUAGAUCGACGAAAGCAUGUCUUUUCCGCAGCCUUUCGACAUGGUUAUGGACGAAGGCACGACUGAUCCGCGGUUUACCGAGAUGAUGUCUGAUCCGCAGUUUACCUGCAAACCCGUGCCUAUGCCGGUCGUAAUAUACGAAAACGCUAAGACAUCAGUCUUUUGGGACAUGGCUGGUUACCCUAUUCCUAAUGGUGUCGACCCUGUAUUGUUUUGUGGCGUUAUGAAAAACGCUCUUGUAAAGCAGGGUUAUAAAGGGGAGUUGUCGAUCUAUCUUUACGUUGAUACUGGUGAACUGCUACCUAAUGGUCUCGAGACCUGUGUCGAAUUCGAUUUCUUACCCGAAGGUGAUGACUAUGCGAGAAUAUCUUCGAUACUAGUGGACAUAUCAUUUUGGGCACUGUCAUAUCCUUACUCAAAUAUUAUUGUCCUCUCCAGAAACAUCGUUAAAGGCACGAUUGUAGCUUUCGAAAGCUUGUAUAAUACACAUGGUCUUCUCUUAUCCAAAACUGAACCGGAUUGGCUGGUUCCUGGUGAAAGUUCAACCUUGUUUCUUACAAGCCUUUUUGAAGACCCUACCGGAGGCCAGUUGUCGGCAAGCUCUCAAAAACAAAGUAAAAUCCUGGGUGGAGGAGGAACAAGCUCACAAGGAGCGAAAAGGGUAGGCUAGACAUAAGAUGUCAACCAAGGUAGAGAGCAAAGAGGUUGAAGCCAGACCAGUCUCAUAUAUAUGACCCGUCUGUAACAGAGGAGGCCAUUGCAGCUGCUGCAGUAUUGCAACUUGUGCUUGUGUGUUCUAGAUCCAAAACUACCAUAUCUUUCUUAUAAUUCUGUAUUUGACAUUAUUUCUUGAGUAGAUUGUAAUCUCAGAACACGGUUAUAAAUCUGUGUGUUUUUUUUAAUGAUUUUCUGGUGUAAUAUAAUGUGUCUAAUGCACACAUGGUUAACGAUCAUUGAGUUUGCUGUUUCCAUGAUACAUCUUAGCUCAGAUGGCUGAAGAACUUUUGUUUGAAACUCUUUUCUCAUGGUUUCCUUUGAAUUCUGAGAAAGAAAAACAAAACGACAUCGAGCAACUUGAUGUAUUCAGUUCAUCAUCACCAUCAUUAUCCUACCAA